AUGGAGUACAUGUCAGCUUUGCAGAACAAUUUUGAUGAUUUUAAGCCGUCUCUCUUCGAACUCCUAUCAGAACAACAGCUCUCUUCUCUUCUCCCUCCAUCUCUCCGUUAUCUUCUCGCAAUCGCUACUCACAGACAUCCGCGCUAUCUCCUCCGAAUAUUAAAUUCGUACGACGAGCUAUACGCCCUUGUAUCGGUACUUGUCGAAGGAUACUACCUACGAAACUUCGGCGGUUCAUUCACAGAGAAUUUCUACUCUCUAAAACGCGAACGCGUACUAGCAUUAAGAGAUGGAGAAGCCCCUCGCGCUCAGCUUGGUGCUGGCGGCCCCGUUCGAGAAACACUGAAACUGCGCGACUCGGAUAUAUGGCGAAAUCUAGUGAUUAUGGUCGGAAUACCAUACCUAAAGCGAAAACUCGAUGAAGGAUACGAUAUACACGCUGCACCGCAUGCGGCACUCGUCGCAGGAACUGGAGGUCCACAGUAUCACCCGUCGGAUGAUAUGCCUCAUAAUCCUACUAUAAAGCAACGACUGUUUGGUGACUGGGAUACCUUCCUCAAAACCUACCACAGCCACGCCUACCGCAGCGGAUGGUUAAACGGCGAGCAUGAGCGUCAAAUUGAUUUCAUGAAUGGCGCUGGGAAUGGUGCUGCAUGGGAAGACGAUGACGAUAAUCAAGACGGUGGAGAUGAAAAGAAUAAUAGGGGAGAGAAGGAUUCGAAGAAUAGGGAGGGGAACUGGGAGAAUGGAAAGGGGCGGUGCCCGGUUACGGGCAGGAGAGUGUUGGGCGGAACGGAUGGGCUACGGAGGGUUCUUGUUUAG